AUGUUGAGUCUUUUAUUUUUACCUCUAAUCUUGAAACUGCUGAUAUUAACUCAGGCAUCAGCUGUGGAAAGCGAUUUCCCUAUAGUUGGAAUUUUUACUAUGGAAUGGGAUGAUUUUGGGUAUAAUACAACUAAAAACUAUACAUCUUACAUUGCGGCAUCAUAUGUAAAACAUCUAGAAUCAGGCGGAUUCAGAACUAUAGUCAUCAAAUAUGAUAUCCCUUAUGAAGAAAUUGAUUAUCUCAUGAGCAGGGUGAAUGGUAUUCGCUAUAUAGCUAUUAUGCUGCUUGGAGGAAGGGCUAAUCUUGUAAAGCGUAAAAAAGGAAAAUAUCAGUUCACUGAGUACGCGAAUAAAGCUUUAUAUGUAGUCAAUAAAGCUAUAGAAAUGAAUGAUAAAGGAGUUUAUUACCCAGUUUUCGGGACUUGUUUAGGAUUUGAAGCUAUGUUUGUUGCAGCUGCAGGAGAAAACGUUUUGGAAAGAUUUGACUCUGAAAUGUAUCGCUCUAUUAUGUAUUUUACAGAGAAAGCACCAACUUCAAGGUUUCUUCGAGGCGCUAACCCAGCCUUGCUCUAUGAUUUGAGCUAUGAGCCUAUUGCAUUUGAAAAUCAUGCAUUUGGUGUGAGCUAUGAAAAAUAUUUGAAUAAUCCUAGACUUACAGACUUUUUUGACCCACUCGCAAUAUCAAAGGAUAGAGCUGGAAAAAUUAAUAUAGCAAUUGCUGAAGGUAAAAAGUACCCAUUCUAUGCCAUGAUGGUACAUCCUGAAAAACCGCCAUAGUAAAUAAUAAAUAGUGAGUAUUAUUUCCCUGAAAUCAAUCACGAUAUCAGAGCAAUACAAUUAGGGCAUUACUUUGUAAGGAUUUUUGCUUCUGAAGCAAAAAAAAAUUCAAAUAAAUUUGAUACUGAUUUUGAAUUUUUAAAAAAUUCAGCUAGGAGCUAUGAUUUGUAUUUCACACAUUAUCCAUUUGAGCAAACAUAUUUUAUCUUAUAA